AUGCCAUCUCCCAGUGACUCCAGCCAUUCCCUGACUGGCCGCUCCUCCCGCAGCCUCACCCAUCUCCGAGUGCAGAGGACCUGGCUGCAGAUCCUGCUGGUGCUGGGCUUCAUUCAGGUCAUCCUGGGCAUCCUCGUCAUCACCUUCAGCCUUGUGGCAGCUACCAUCACGCCCUCCACCAAGGUCCGGCACUCCUGCCCCUCCUGGGCCGGCUUCUUGCUGGCGCUGUCCGGGCUCGUCGGCAUUGUCUCCUGGAAGCGGCCCUUCACCCUGGUGAUCACCUUCUUCACGCUGCUCUCCGUGCUGGGCAUCAUGCUGAGCCUCGCUGGCUCCAUCCUCUCCUGCCAGAACGCUCAGCUGGUGAAGUCCUUGGAGGCCUGCACUAGGGAGAAGGACUCCUGUGUCUGCUGCCAGGCCCUCUCUGAGUACCCAUCCAUGGGCCCCGCCUGCAGCAGGCAGGGCGAGACACUAACCAUGUUCCCCAACCCUGACUGCCGGAGCGUCCGCAUGGCUCUGAAGGAUCUUCUAUUCAGUGUUUGUGGCCUAACCAUCUUCUCCACCAUUGUCUGCACGCUCUCAGCUGUCAUGUGCUGCAUUCAGAUCUUCUCCCUGGACAUUAUCCAUGUGCUGGCCCCACAGCGCUCCAGUUCGGUGACCCUGGAGUGCACAUCGCCCCCAGACCCCUUCCUGCAGAACAUGAUGGACUUUGAGGAGUUUGUGCCCCCGGUACCGCCGCCCCCGUACUAUCCGCCGGAGUACACCUGCAGCUCCGAGACCGACGCCCAGAGCAUCACCUAUAACGGCUCCAUGGACAGCCCCGUGCCUCUCUACCCCACCGACUUCCCCCCAUCCUAUGAGACUGUCAUGGGACUCCGGGCAGUCAGCCAGGCCACGCUGUUUGAUUCGCAGCUCACGGAUCCGUUGCACGGCUGCACCUGCGACCACGUCCCCUCCAUCGUGCUCAGUGGGGAAGUGUCCAUGGACAGUGGCUCCCUGGUCAUGUCCGAGAUCAUCGACAUCCCCGGUGACAGCAGCCCCUCGGAGGACUCCUGCCUGCUGGAGCUGCAGGGCUCCAUGCGCUCGGUGGACUACGUCCUCUUCCGCUCCAUCCAGCGCAGCCGCGCAGACUACUGCCUGAGCGUGGACUGCGUGCAGUGCGGCCACCAUCCCCGCAGCCCCACGCUGGGCCUGCAGGGCCCCUUCGAGGAUAUACCCCGGCCCCGGGUGCGGGGGGAGCGCUCUUACUCCUGCUCCACCCCUGGUCCCAGUUACCAGGGGCUCCUGGAGCCAGGCGGGGCCAUCACCCACAGCUGCAAUCGUCUGGAAGGGCUGGCUCGCUGCGCUGGGCCCUGCUUCCCUGAGGUGCGACUCAAGGGCAAGACCUUGCUGCCAGGGCAUCAGGGCACCAGCUCCACCGGCUCCCUGUACCCGGACCGCGGGCACCGCGGCCGUCAGCGACGCAACAGUGAGACGUCCUGCCUGCUGGGCCCAGCCCGGGGCCUGAGUCAACGGCCACUCGUGCGGUCACACAGCGACCCCGGCAUUGCUGUUGCCGGUGAUCCUGUCGACUUGAGGGAUCUGCUUUAUACCAAAGCGCUGGAGGAUGAUGCAUCCAAUUCUUCUGCAGACACAGGACUGUGCUCUGAAGCUUGCCUGUUCCGGCUCUCGCACUGCAACUCGCCCCCGCUCCUCCGGGCCGCCUCUGCCAGGAAGAACAAGCUGGCAGUGCCCAAGAAGGUGACACAGCGGCUGUCGAAGGCAGCAACGCGCUCCCUGGGGGAUCUGAAGGUUUGUCGUGGUACCCGGGGGCUGGUGGCCAGGUUCCUGCAGAGAUCCAAGCGCAGCCUGGCGUCUGGUGUGGAGAUGGCUGGGCAUGGCUCCCAGGGCCACAAACAGGUGCCCCGGAGCCUGUGGCAGGCAGAAGAGCACACGCUGCCUGAAGGGAUUCACUUGCAGAGCUGUGGGGACCUGAGCUCCACCUCCUCGCUGCGUCGCCUCCUGUCUGCCCGCCGGCUGGAGCGCAGCCGUCCACACAGCCUCAACGGGGUCUACAAAGAGAGCAUCCUCUGAGGGGAGCUGCCACGUUGCCCUCGGCCUUGCCUGACCCCUCAUACACCAGCCCAGCUGGGAGUCUCCACCGGCAUCAGGCUCUCUCGGCCUGGGGUCCACAGCGAGAACUGGAAGCAGCCGGGGCAGGCCUUUCCCCCGGUGCUGGGGAGGGGCCAUGGGCUGGCUCAUUCCCAGCAGACCUUCCUCACUGCCAGGUGACAGUGGGAGAAAACACAAGCUGGGGACACAAAUGCAGCUCGUCAAGGACAGAGCACCAUGGCCUGGUUCAGCAGAUCUCCGUGUAGGACUCUGGGAAGGAGGAGGUGCUGUAGUCUGUGGAUUGCAUUGGGGACUGGGGAAUAUGGACCCAGCCUGCUUUGUGCUGAGAGGCAGCGCCUGCCCCUGUGCUCGCUCCGAGGGGCCACCGUGCUUUGGGGUGUUCCUGGGGCUAAGCCCUUGCUGUAUAUCGGACAGGGCUAUUGCGCAUUGUGUGGGGGGGUGUCUCCAUACAGGCCCUCCUUGUAGUAAUAACCCAAGAGCAGGGGCUGAGCCUGGUCCUGCCUCCUGCUCUGCAGUCUGCUGGUCCAGACGCUAACAUGGUUCCCAGGGCGAGGAAGCUGGGCUCAAUGUGCACGGUGAUGUCCUCCCACAAGCGGCCUGGGCCUCGUGUGGCCCCUGUCUUCAGGGAACGCUCGCUGGCUGGCCAGGGUGCCCCCCAGGGCUGUCUGUGCCAGGGAGGUUGAGCCUAACUCAGCCCUGCUCCCCUUAGAAGCUAUGCACCUCUUUCUGGAGUGGGGGAAGGAGGGGUCGGGCAGACCAAGCUGGGCUUCCCUACAACUGCCCUCCUCUUCGGGCAAGUCCACAGCCCCUGCGUGGAGGCUGCAGCCCCAUCCCCUAGAGAGUGACCUUCCCUUUUGUCCCCUGCUCCAGCUCGUCUCAUCUCCCCAUCCUGGGCUGGCCUAAGCUGUGGGCCUGGAUCUUACGGCGGAGCUCUGGCUUCAGAACUUGGCUAUGGCCAGGGCAUGACCAAGGCCCAGCUUCCAGCAGGGCUUCUGGGAGCUGGGGUCAAUCAGCCCCACCAGGUAUAGGGGCAGAACCAAAGCCCUCUGUGCAUCCCUGGGCUCUGGAAGCCUCUUCCUCCUCCCUCGCCAGCUGCUGCCUUUGCUUGUAUGCUGCAUGCCGCGAUGCAGCUCUC